ACUUCCACAUCAAAAGCACCAACCUGACUUAGUUAAUAUUGUAAUGGCGUUCUUAAAAUUGGCAAUGGUUGCGCUCCUAUUCACAGCAGCACUAGCAUGGGAGAAAAGUAAAGUACAAGCCAAAAAUCUACCAAGUGAAUCCGCCGCAAGCAGAAUGUUAAAGCGAGCUUCUAUUGACAUCGCACGAAGAAUCUGCCCUAAAGACGGCACAUUGUUAGAGGAUAAAUUAAACCAAUCAUUCACUUGCAUUGAGCGAAUAGAUGAAGACAUGAUAUUAGUCUGCGAUGUUCUCAUAGAGGCUGAUAACUGUGUUAAGCCAGUACUGGAAGCAAUAGACCGUUGUGGUGCACCAGCCGAAAAGGAAGUUUACUCUCAUUCACUCAACUCAUUACUGGAUGAAUUUAAGAAAAGACCCACCCGCAGUGUACGUCUUGUAUGCCCCAAUCUAUAACAGAAAAAUAGCCUGCGAAAAAUCUCAUAGAAGACUGAGAUACUUUUGUUUGAGUAAGUUCAAAUGGUUGCAUUAAGACAAACUUGCACAAUUCUAACGAAACCCCCAUGAGUACGGAUAGUUUAAGGGUAUUUUGUUAUGUAAACAUUUUUUUAACAAUAGUGAAAAUCCCAACAUUUGAUAUUAGUAGAAAGUUACGUUUUAGCAUUUUUUUAAAUUUACCUUUUGGUCAUUUUUUGUUCAUUUUUAUUGAACUGUUAAAUAUGUUAAUUACUUAAUUUGCAUAAAAAUGCCUUUUAAUAGCAUGUAUGUGUUACGAAAAAUGUAUCAUGCAUUUUUCCACAAAGUUUACACAAAUAAAAGCAUCUCACUCA